GUGCAAGUAUUAGUCGGCGCCCGUCGGGAGCACGUAGCAGCCGUAGCGGUAGCAGGCCGCCGGCGUCGAGAGGUACUGGACGGGCGGCACGCGGUCCUCGACGCGGCCGACGUUGACGCCGAGGUCGGCCGCGUGCACGCCGCUCAGCUCGGCCGCGCCGGCCUCCGUGACGUAAAAGUCCGGCGGCGUCACGUUCCCAGUACAGGCGCGCACGUCCUCGGGCGCCAGCGCGACCUUCUCGACGCGCGGCUCCUUUGCGGGACGGCGCCGCGUCCUGACGUUGGCCAUAUGGGCAUAAACGUCGCUCCGCGUCGUGGCGUCGCCGGGCCGCGCGUCGGCCAGCGGCACGUAGUGGUCCGCGUGGCAGUGGCCGAGCGUAAUUUCGUCGGUGGGUUUUUCGGGGUCGGCGUCGUAGGCCAGGGCCUCCGGCGACGCCGUCGAGAGCACGACGACGCGGACGUCGUACAGCGCCGACGCGGCGAGCAGCCGCUGGUCCUGCCGCGCGCCAUUCCGCGUGCGUGCCUCGUUCUCCUUGAUCCAGGCGUCCAAAUUCGCCUCGAGCAGGUACGCCGUGCGCACGUCGCGGCCGAGGCGCUUCAGCACGGUACAAAGCGCCGCGCAGAGGCCCUCGCCCUCGUCGGACGCGGCCUCGGGCUCGACGCCCCAGCUCCGAGCCAUGACCUGGAGCAGCCGUACCGCCUCCUCCCGGGUGGUGCACUGCGCAUGGGCGGCGCGCUCCUCCUUCGUGGCGUCGCGGGCGGCGGGCGAGGCCCACACAUUGCGGAGCGGCAUUUUAUUGGGUUGGGGCAGCGGUCCUCGUCCGGUACUACGCUGUUCUCGUUCGUG